CCUGCAGAGUCUGUGUGCUAAUGCUGCAUUCAAUCACAAGAUGGACUACUGGACCACCGGCAGAGUGGGGACUCUGCAGUGCAAAAUUCUGGACUGCCUUGCCUCUGACUUCAAGCUCUGUGAGCACUGCGACAAAGUUGUGCACCAUCAAAGAGAAUGUACGGUUGAGGUGAUGCUACUUCGCUAUCUGGACCUGCGAUUUGUUCCGGUGCAGCUCACAACCUGCAGUGUGGAGUGUCAGUCUGCAGUGCUGCAGCACUACCGCACACUGCAAGUCCAGACCCAGGCCGACAUUGAUAGAGACUAUGAGGAGAGUGUGAAGCAGGCACAGGCAGAGGCUACGGGGUGCAGCCAUGGUACUGAUACCAGAACACCUCGUGUCCGUCACCCCAGGGUAGACAGA